AUGAAGAAUCGACGCGGAAAACCUCACAAAAAAAAUACGAAAAAUGAGGAUAACGUUUAUAUAGAAUUAGAUACAAAAUGCAGUUGCCCUCAAUUAUCUGUUAGUAGUGAUCAUGCAUCUAUUCAAUUUACUCGUCGUUAUCUUGAAUGUCAAGGAUCAAUGCCUAUUCGUAUUCUUCGUUCAUAUAUUGAAAAAGUCUUACCACAUUCACCGAUGACACAGGUAUCAAUCUAUGAUUCAAAUGAUCAAAUAUUGGAUGAUACUAUCCGCCUAAAAGAUCUUUCAUUAUCAUCAUCGUAUAUUCCUCUUCGUUUUACAAUGAUGAAUACUGUAACAUCAUUUGGUCAUUGUUUAUGUUCAUCACCAUCAUCACCUGUAAAAAGCUGUUCAUCAUUUUCUCCAACAAUAAUCCGACGUGAAACAAUCAACCGAACAUUAUCAACAUGUCCAUUAGUACCAACACCCCCUCAUUCGCCAUCUUCAUCAACAUCCAUAUCACCAAUUGUAUCAAAAAGUUCAAUGCCUAUUGUCAACCUGUUAACUCCCCCAUCGCCACCACAUUAUUCAUCAUUUUUAAUUGAUAAUAUUGUAGAAUCGAAUUGCAAUGAUCAAUCAAUAAUUGAUAAAAUAACAUCAGAAUUUGGUGAAAUAUGUCCUUCGUUACCGUCAGUAAAGGCCAAACGUCAACGAAUAUUUAAAAAAAUGAGUCCAAAAUCAUUAUCGUCAGAUAUUCCACUUGAUCUUUCUGUAAAAAAACGUCCGUCAUCGUUCGAUUUGUUUUCUACACAAUCGAAAUGGUUAAAAAUGAUCUAG